GUUUAGCUGAAAUGGGUCCUAAUUCUGGGAUUACUGUCGCAAACAACUUUGUAUUUUCAAAUUUAAAGCAGGGAAUUCCAAAGUCCUGUCCAAUUGCCAACUGAGACAUUGUCUCUACUGCUUGUCACACUGUCUUUCCUCUGGUUAUCAUGGUGCUUUAGAACCAGUAUGUCGCACGGGUCUGUAGGAUGUCGCACUUUAUCGCCCCACGCGUCGCGUGUGGAUCGCAUCUUAUCCGGCUCCAAAAACAGCUUCACAGUAAGAACAGACGAAUAACUAGAAUAGCAAGCCAUGGGAGUAAAAGGACUCAAUCAGCUCAUCAAAGAGCACUCUCCACAAUCGUUCAAGGAGUUCCAGUUGAAGAACCUUUUCGGAAGAAAGGUGGCCAUCGAUGCCUCGAUGUGCUUGUACCAGUUCUUGAUUGCCGUGAGACAAUCGGAUGGCCAGCAAUUGACAAACGAAGACGGAGAGACCACCUCCCACCUACUGGGAUUGUUCUACAGAACCAUCCGGUUGGUGGAAAACAAUAUUAAGCCGGUGUAUGUGUUUGACGGCAAGCCCCCAGUGUUGAAGGGAGGCGAGCUCGAGAAGAGAUUACUCAAGAGAGAGGAAGCUCAGAAGCAGAUUGAUGCUAUCAAAGAUACUGGCACAGUUGCUGAAGUGAUGAAAUUCGAGAAGAGAUUGGUCAGGGUCAGCCGAGAGCAGAACGACGAGGCCAAGAAGUUGUUGGAGUUGAUGGGAAUACCCUACGUGGAAGCUCCGUGCGAGGCUGAAGCACAGUGUGCUGAAUUGGCCAGAGGAGGCAAGGUGUUCGCCGCUGCAUCCGAGGAUAUGGACACCUUGUGCUACGAGCCACCAUACCUCUUGAGACACUUGACGUUUGCUGAGGCCAGAAAAAUGCCCAUUGACCAGAUAACCUACUCUGAAGCCAUAGAAGGAUUGGGACUCACCAAGGACGAGUUCAUUGAUAUGUGUAUAUUAUUGGGAUGUGACUACUGUGAAACAAUCAAGGGGGUUGGUCCUGUCACUGCUUUCAAGCUCAUCAAGGAACAUGGUUCCAUCGACAAGAUCGUGGAGUGGGUGGAAAGUAACCCAGAAAAGACAAAGUACAAGAUUCCCGAGAACUGGCCAUAUGAUGAGGCCAGGCAGUUGUUCAAGAAACCGGAAGUCACCCGUGCACAAGAUGUGAGUUUGAAGUGGAAGGAGCCCAACAUCGACGGGUUAAUUGAGUACAUGGUUCAAGGCAAGGGGUUCAGUGAAGACAGAAUAAGAAGUGGUGCCGAGAAGUUGAAAAAGGGAUUGAAGAGUGGCAUUCAAGGAAGAUUAGACGGGUUCUUCCUGGUGGUGCCCUCCAAUAAACCAAAGGAUAAUAAGAGAAAACUGGAUGCCAAAGACACCAAGGCCAAAAGAGGCAAGAAAAAGUAAAUAGCUCGAAUUAUCUGUAUACUAAUGUAUAAAUACAACUAUAAACUCCUCAAUCCUUUGACUUAGGCUUCUUCUUUUCGGCCUCUGCUUCCUUUUCAGCCUCGAUUUCAUCAACGUACUUCUUAAUUUCGUCAAUAGUCAACUUGGUGAUUCUGUUCUCGGACUUUAAGACGGAAACCUCGAUAUUCUUGGCCCCGGUUU